UUUGCUUCGAGCUGGCCCGGCCCAGGAUGCCCACCUGGCCCCACCUUCCCGGGGGCCCUUUCAUCAUAGCAGCAGCCAGCUUGGGAUCCAUAGAGGCUCCCGCUGCCGCAGCUCUCCCCGUCUCCGUCUUCGCGGCUCUUAAAAGAGCUGGCUCUCCUCUUCCUCCCACCCUGCCUCGCUCGACUCCUCUCCAGCCCGUCUCCAUCUUGCCUGUCAAGCAUCCGGCAGACAAAAUUCCUCACCAUCCCAGCCCACUCGCUGAAGCUCCGAUACCGUCAUUAUGGCCUCCAUGAUCAAGAGUGCGCUCCCCUCCCACCUGAAGCCAGACAGCGGCAAGGAGGAGGGCCAGAGGCACCAUGGAAAGACUCGGUCCCACAUGGCCUUCGAGAACACCUCCACCAAUGUCGCCGCUGCUCAGAUGCGCAACCGCCUCACUGAGCUUGCGGAGACCUGUACCGACCCCGAGCAGAAGAAGCUCUUCGAGACUGAGAUGGACAACUUCUUCUCACUCUUCCGCCGAUACCUGAACGACAAAGCCAAGGGCAACGCCGUUGACUGGGAUCGUAUUGCCCCCCCUGCCCAGGGUCAGGUCGUCGACUACGAGGACCUCGCCAACUCCGAGUCUGUUGGUUUCCUCAACAAGCUUGCUGUCCUGAAGCUGAACGGUGGCCUUGGUACCUCCAUGGGCUGUGUCGGCCCCAAGUCCGUCAUUGAGGUUCGUGAUGGCAUGUCGUUCCUCGACAUGUCGGUCCGCCAGAUCGAGUACCUCAACCGUACCUACAACACCAACGUGCCUUUCAUCCUGAUGAACUCUUUCAACACGAACGACGACACGGCCGCCAUCAUCAAGAAGUAUGAGGGUCACAAUGUUGACAUCCUCACCUUCAACCAAUCUCGUUAUCCUAGAAUCUACAAGGACUCUUUGCUCCCUGUCUCCAAGAACUUUGAUUCCUCGAUCAACGACUGGUACCCUCCUGGACACGGUGACGUCUUCGAGUCUCUCUACAACUCUGGAAUCCUUGACACCCUCCUCGAGCGUGGCAUCGAGAUCGUCUUCCUCUCCAACGCCGACAACCUGGGCGCUGUUGUUGACCUGCGUAUCCUGCAGCACAUGGUCGAGAGCGAGGCCGAGUACAUCAUGGAGUUGACCAACAAGACCAAGGCUGAUGUCAAGGGUGGCACCAUCAUUGAUUACGAGGGCUCCGUCAGACUUCUCGAAAUCGCCCAGGUUCCCAAGGAGCACGUCAACGAGUUCAAGUCGAUCAAGAAGUUCAAGUACUUCAACACCAACAACAUCUGGAUGAACCUCAAGGCCAUCAAGCGUGUUGUCGAGAACAACGAGCUCGAGAUGGAGAUCAUCCCCAACGGCAAGACCAUCCCUGGUGACAAGAAGGGCGAGUCCGACAUCUCCAUCCUGCAGCUCGAGACCGCUGUCGGUGCUGCCAUCCGUCAUUUCAAGAACGCCCACGGUGUCAACGUGCCCCGUCGCCGUUUCUUGCCCGUCAAGACCUGCUCAGACUUGAUGCUCGUCAAGUCUGACCUGUACACUGUCAAGCACGGACAGCUCCAAAUGAGCUCCACUCGCUUCGGCGAUGCUCCUCUGAUCAAGCUGGGCAGUGACUUCAAGAAGGUUUCCGACUUCCAGAAGAGGAUCCCAUCGAUUCCCAAGAUGAUCGAGCUUGACCACCUCACCAUCACCGGCAACGUGACACUUCACCGUGGCGUCACCCUUAAGGGCACAGUCAUCAUCGUUGCGACCGAGGGCUCUACCAUUGACAUUCCCCCGGGAUCCAUCCUUGAGAAUGUUGUUGUCCAGGGCAGCUUGCGCCUCCUCGAACACUAAAUGUGUACUUUUGAAGUGCCUUUGUGGUCUGGCAUGGGAUAUUCAUGUACAAGCACGUUAUUGUUUUUGGUAGCAGUUCUUUUUCAUCAUGCGCGCAAAGCUGUUUUGCGGAACACUUGACCCGCAACGCGCAGGCGGGAUGUUAGUGCUAAUAGAAGCCUUUAAGUAAUGCAAAAAAGGGGAAAUGAACCGUCUUA